GUCGAGUGGGUGUAACAAUGGCUCAAUGGCUAUACAAGGCGCAUUGUUCGGGUCCUAGAUAACGGUUGUGACUGCGUACUCCGCUAUUUAAUGGUAGGUUCAUAAAGAUCGUCGCUCCGAAUCCCUCCAACCAGAGCAUUGACGGAGGUAGGUUUUCUCACAGGCAAAAAGGCCCGGACACGUGAUCUCCAUAUUCAUUCUUAAGAGCAUUCGGCGCGCUGCCUACACUCCAUAUCUCUUCACCACAAUCACACAACAACCAACCCAUACACUCUUGUUUGACAUCUGAGCCAUAUCUCUCAAUUCACGCUCACUUGUAUCAUAUCAUCAAACAAUACACGCCACAAUGGCAUCUCCAUCAGUACAGCUAGCCAUCAAAGGCUGGACGACAUCUAAACUCGCAACAUCAAAAGAUCAAGGCCUCGAAUCACUGCUUAUAUUCCUCGAGAAAAAAUCGGGCCGCAAGAUAUUAUCCUCCAGACUCGCCGGCCGCACUGUGCUUCUCAUCACAAUCAACGACAAUGACAAAGAUCGAUUCACACAUCUGAACGGCUUCACAUUCGCCGGUGCCAAUCUCAUUGUGGAAGAUGCCAGACCGCCGAGAAAUCAAUCUGGUCAACCACAAGCACAAAAUCAAUUCGGUCUACCACAAUCUCAAAAUCACUCUAGAGCACCACAGCCUCACAAUCAACCCUUCGAGUCUCGGCUUUCUCAACCCUCAAGAAACCAAUUUCAAAAUGGAACAUCAAAUCCACCGAGCGGUCCACGCGCACAAAAUCGGCAAAAUUUUGUUCCUGGCAAUGUGCGAGAUUCACGAAGACCAGAUGAUCCAUUGAAAUCAGAAGUCGAAAGUGUUAUCAUCUCUGUCAUCCACAAACGAUAUCAUGCAGGCGAUCGACAUCUCAUCCUAAAUACUCUUGUCGCCGAUCCUGAACUACUCAACUCAGGUCUAUCCGGUCAAGCACCAGCCAAAGUCUACAAAGCCAUUUUUGCAAUCUGUGAGACCAAAGUCUGGGAAACUCAAACCAAACGCAAAGAGUCAGUUCUGAGCGUCAGUCUCCGAGACAACGGCAUUACAUCUGCACAAGACAUCAUCUCUCUCUCCAGCGUCUUUCCUCAUCUACAAAAUCUUGACCUCUCAAACAAUCAACUACCAGACUUGGGAGCUCUGAAAUACUGGAAAAACCAGUUCCGAGACCUACAACACCUCAUUCUUAUCGGCAAUCCUGUCGCAUCAUUACCCGAUACGCUGAGCACAUUGCUCAAAUGGUAUCCAAACCUCAGAAUGUACAACAAUGAACCAGUCUCGGCCGUCAUGCCAAACAGUCAACAAGCCUUUGCCGGUGGUGCCGUUCAGCCCACUGUUCAACCAGCACAAAUUCAGCCUCAAGUACCUUCUCAGGCACCUCAACCAGGCACAGAACCUGCACGCUUGCACCCAGAAUUUCCACCAGGCUCGACCUUUGGUCUGCCAUUACCAGACAAGCCAGCAGAUGUCCUCCUGCGAGAACAAAUGGGACUACAAUUCAGCUUCGAAACAAAACUCAAGAUGCAGUGGGUGGAAAACUGCUUGUCAGCAAACAAUUGGGACUAUGCGGCUGCCAUGGCCAAUUUUACGGAAUUGAGGACACAGGGUCAAAUUCCAGGGGACGCAUACAUUGAGGGGGUGUAGGACGCCUUGGAUAGUCCUGUGGUGGAAAUGGAGGGCGUCGAGAGGACAAACGUGUAUCAUUAUGAACAUCAUUAAGCCAUUGUUAUGACUAUCAUCAGCACUGGAGUUGGGGAGGACAUCAUUACCAUUGGCACCAUUGGACAUGGUUGAAAAUGACAAAAAAAGUCAUUGAAAACACCCUUUUUUCCUCUUUUGCUGUCG